AUGCUGCCGUCCAAGCUCCCCCACCUCAAGAACUUGGAAAUUUCAUUCCUUAAACCCUUCUAUUCCCCAAACUAUCAUGUCUUCUCUCUGGUUUCUUUUCUUGACGCUUCUCCUGCCUUGGAAUCUUUCAUCCUACGUGUAGAGCAGGAUGCCAUGAUCCAUGAUCCUGUUGUUGGAGACGACACUGAAUACCGGAGGCAGAAUCUGAAGGGCCGGAAUAACAGCCUAAGGAAGGUAUUGAUCACAGGCUUCUGUUCUGCCAAGAGCCUGGUUGAGCUCACAGUUCACAUCCUCGAGAGAACACAUUCACUCGAGCGCUUCACGCUGGACAUAACCUAUGGCUACGAUAGGAAGACUUGUAACAUUGCCAAAUUCCCAACCGCGAGAAUGAUUGGCCAAUGCUGGUCGUUGAGCAAGAGAGGUCUCGAGGAAGCUCAUAGAGCUGUGGAGACUGCGGAUAGAUACAUCAAGGGAAGAGUUCCCUCGUCCGUUCAAUUCGAGGUUCUGGGGCCCUGUCCUCGAUGCCAUAUUGGAAAGUAG